AUGCAUACUGGCCUCUUAAAAUUCCGGAUAGGUUACAAAGACCAUCUGCAUGUCCAAGACCUCGGCUGCUCCAUGAAAUACGCUGGGUCCUCUCGUCUUGGGGUUCAGCUAAGGAAAUGCGGUCCAGACAUGUUUGUACGGGAUAUACAGUCUUCGCUGGUAACUGUCCCGUCGGUACCAUUGGACGCUUCCCUUUAUAGAACCAUCUAUAUACUCUCAAAACUUCCCGAAAUCCCACAUCUGCCCCAUAGCCAAAUGCGCCAGCGAGAGAACGACCUUAUCAUCAGCUGUCGCACCUCUGCAAUGCAGAUUCUCCUCCCACGAGGCUUUAGAAGCUACGAUGCCAGCCCAGCGAGUCAUUUCGACGAACACGACGAGUUGUUCUUCACCACAGGCAACGCAUGCCAGAGUUGGUGUUUUAUACGAUUCGAAGGUGAAAGUUUGCGCAAAGGAAUAACAAUCAGCGUGUCUUGCUUCUUCUUGUGUAUAAACUGGAACAGCCGGCCACAAGAACUAGUUUCCACCCUCUUCAACGGGAGUAGCUGUGACCCAAUUUUGAUAUCUCAGUUUAUCGCGGGAGUGGAGCAUGAACAACACAACAGAAUGCCUCCGGCAAUGCGUGACCUGGAUGUGUUUGGCAUCCCAGUGCAGGAUAGUGUGGUCUUAAAGGAAAGGGGCUCCACGUUGAGGAUAUCGCAUUCUAUACGGAAAGUUCUCCAACCAGAUGUCUGUAACAAUGAGAUGUACCAAGUGGACAUCACUUUAGCAGACUCUUGA